UCCAACACACGACUUGUUAGCUAUUCAGCCUUGAUAUAUUAUUUCACCCAAAGUCAGUCGUUAGUUAUCUUCACCAGCAAUGCGCGUUUAGUUAGUUCGUUAGGUUUUGGAUGUGCGGUGACAUGGUGUCCCGGGUUUGCCGGGACUUUGGCGAAGUUUUGGUGUGUUGACUUACCUUUGCUUUUCGAACGUGGUCGAAUAUGCGGACACCAUCUUCCGCACGUAGUGAAGUGCACAGUGUAGCGCUGAAUUGAUUUUAUAUGGAAUUCCCGUUGGGUUAAUUUAUUUAUGCAUGAGGAAUAUGGAUGUAAUGCUAACGGAAGUGACUGUUUUCGACAUCUUAUGUAAUACAUCAGCGUGCGUGUUUUUGCGGAAGCGAUGCCGCUCACACAGGGAUACGGUGUUUUCGCAUGGAUUACACGGAUUUUACACUUAUCCGGAUCCGUAGCGAUUAAGAUGAUUUUCGAAGAUCUUUUGCUGGGAUAUGCACACAGAUACACGUUGCCGACACUGACAAUGUGACGAAACAUGCGUGAAGACAUAUAUAACGCCGAGGAAAUCUCCUCGAGCCAUGCUCGUGUGUUGUGCACUUAUAUAUCUGUAUGCGUUCUGCGCACAUACAGCCGUUGAUCAUACAGAGCAAUUAUAACUGCGCUCUCGCGCUGGCCCGUCGACGGCAUCAAGCCCAGCGUUUUUGUCAGAAAAAUCAGCGAAAUUGCUGGCUGAUUUGCAUCUUCACUGCGCAGGCUGACAACGGAGUCGGAAAAGCCCAGUGUCAUCCACAGAUACCAGGCAAGUCCGGGAAUUGCGAUCUAAAUGUGGAAACAACUCCAACCUCCAGAAUUCUAUGCUAUGCGUUCCACUUCCGGCGUGAAGUUCGCACUGCAGCAGAAAUAUCACGGCUAGCAGCAGGGGAAAUCUGGUUGUAUAAACGCAAGCUUCAAGCGGAUAUGCAUGACUGAACAGUGAACGCUACUCAACAACCACGAAGUCUGUCAGCAUGGAUGCAGAAACGCACUCGCGGGACACUAUCUUGGCCAAAGUCAGAACAAAGACGAACUUGACCUUUCCAAGCAGUAAGAGCCAAUUCUCCGUGCAAGAGAAAACGGAAAGGAAUGGUGAUAUCUAUGGGCACUGGCCACUUCCCCAUAGAUUCAACCGGCACCGGUAUGGCCACGGCCGCCGCAGCCAAUCUGCCCUACGACUCGCUCCCGCAUCACCAUCACUACUCGUCAUCGGCCGGCGCCGCACCCUUCUCCAACUCCGUCAACGGUCUCUCCAUGCACUACCCACACUACACUCACAACCAAACGGCCAGUCCGCCCACGGAUUUCAGCAGUCCGGGCGCCGCUGCCGCCGCGUACAUGCACCAUCCCGGCUACUAUACACCGGCCGGCAGUGCUGUGUACGGCCAGAAUCCUACUAUUAUCACCAUACCCACCUGAGCGCCGGCGACACGCAUGCCGGCGCAGCCUACACCACGGAUUACGACACGGCAUUUCCUCCACAGCCCACAUUACAUCACACGUACGGGACGACAGCUAAUGAAGCCUACGGAUCGGCGGCCGGUGCAUUAAACAACCGUUCAAGCGGAUACACUGCCCAUCAUCAACGCCAGCCGUCAAGCGUGCCCAUUAACUCUCACGCAGCCAAUCUCAGUCAAGACCAUCUGAUUUCUCAUCAGCCAAUUCAACAGCAGUUUUCCCCGACCAUGUCGUCGACAUCCAAUACAUCGCCCGGUCCCUAUGCACCAGUUAAUAUCAACCACGGCGGCCCUGAAGCCAAAUAUUCCCCCACCGGUUCCUACCCGUCGAUGACGACCGGAGCGGUUGCCCCGCAGACCCCUGUAUCUCAGCCUCCAGUAUUAUCUAAACCCGUGGAAGUCUAUGACUGGAUGAAACAGUCGCGCGGGCCCAAUCACGGUGGACGGCGCAAACAGGCGGCCAAAGUGGUGGAGAGAAGCCCCGCCUGUCACCGGAGGGCCAGGAUGGCUACACGUACAAGGAUCUCUCGGUACCCACCGGUAUGGGCGGUCAGAAUCGGCGCGGGGAAUCACCGGCGUCGUCGGGUGAUGGAUCGGGCGAGUUUGAUGGUCAAGUUUGGCAACGAACCCCACCAAAGUGGACAUGGCAGUAGCAAUAGUAAGCGUGCGCGGACAGCAUACACCAGUGCCCAGUUGGUGGAACUGGAAAAGGAAUUUCACUACAACAGAUACCUGUGCCGACCGCGUCGAAUUGAGAUGGCCAACCAACUGAGUCUGACGGAACGCCAGAUAAAGAUAUGGUUUCAAAAUCGCCGAAUGAAGCAUAAAAAAGAGCACAAAGCACGCGGCGGCAGCUACACACCGGGCCCGCUGGGUAGCGGUUGUAGUCCCACGUACGACAUGCACCAUCAGCAUAAGUGCAGUCAGCAGGGCAGUAAGUGCGGCAUGCCGGGUGAUGACGGAUCGGGUGGAGAGCCGUUUCGCUCGCCGGGUGUGAUCAUGUCAACCACAUCACCCUUCUCCACCACCACCAACACCGACACCGCCGUCAAGUGUCUAGCUAACCUCACCGAACAGAUCACCACCAUACCGGCGGAGGAUGGCGUCGAGCCGGGAGUGUUGACGGCCGCCAACAAACGCCACACCAAGCGAUCUCACAUCAAACUGGAAAUGGACAACGACGACGCCGGCGAUGGCAUGAACUGCAAGAAGGCCAAAUAGUAAUCUCAUCGUAUUCGUGCUGCUGAUUUUUGUUUUUGUGUUCGCCUGGUUGAACGAGCCGUUUAAUCGUUAAUGUGAAACUCGAACAUCUGUUCGUGUGCUUACAGUACUGUCUGGAUGUACAGUAUAACGAUCAAGUAUUUAAAUCAUCACAAAUUUCGGUAAUAAUUGCCUGAAUGGUGACGUUACGUAACUAAUCAAGUUUUAUGCAUUCGACAUAAUUAUUUUAGACGUAUGCAUAUCAAAUGCAUGUACCGGUAUUCAUCGCGUUAUACUGUUAGUUUGUUUCAGUUCUUCCGCUGGUUUUGCUGGUUCAAGGCCCGUUCAACCGUAUUGCGGAAAAUAAAUGCUGAA